UAAUAAAGAUCAACGUUCGACAAUGAAGGUCAUGUUUAUGUCUGUCUAUCUUUUUAUAGAUUACAAUAUUAAAAAUUCAAAUAUUCUUUUAAACCUCUUCAAAAAAAACUUAUUAUUUUCCUGGCUCUUGUGAAUCAAGUUGAACCUAAUUGCAUGUGAAGUUGUGGUCGCUAUUUUCGUAAAUUACGUGGGAACAACAACAAUGAUGGCUUCAACAGCAGAAAUCGUAUCGAAACGACCGUUUUUUGUGAAAAUGGAUGGUAUCAUAUAUCCUGGUGUCUUUUCACCCAAAUGCUUCCGUGAAGCUUUAGAUUACAAACCUCAAGCAGAGGACGUAUUUAUCGUGACUUAUCCAAAAUGUGGGACAACCUGGAUGCAAAAUGUAGCUCUUUACAUUUUUCGCAAAGGAAAAAAGCUCGAAGAUAUGUCUCAGUUUCUGAAGUAUUGCCCAAGUCUAGAUAUGUGUGGCAAGGAGGGCAUUGAAAAGAUGCCAAAACCUGGUGCGUUUAAAACUCAUCUUCCUUACACCCAUAUGCCAUAUUCCUCUGAGGCUAAAUACAUUUUUGUUGCCCGCAAUCCCAAAGACUGCGCCGUGUCUCUCUUUCAUCACACACGAAAUCAUUUUGGAUUUAGGUACUGGGAUGGCGAGUUUGAUGAAUUUUUCGAACUUUUUAUGGCUGGUCAAGUGGAGUACGGUGACUACUUUGAUCAUUUGCUGUCUUGGUACCCUCAUCGAAAUGACCCCAAUCUCUACCACACUACUUACGAAGAUAUGAAGAAAGAUAUAAAGAAAGUUAUUGUCGAUUUGGCUAAAUUCCUUGGUGACGAAUUCAUUGGCGCAAUCGAAAAAGACAAUUCAGUAUUCAAUAACAUCGUGCAUUUUAGCAGUUUCGAAUACAUGAAAAAAAAUUUUGAUGAAGUUUAUACCUUAAAACCAAAAGAGGGGAAGAUUCUUAUGGAACCGAAAACUUAUGAAGGUUUGCAGUAUAUUGAGCGAUCAAUCUCUGAAAUGGAUUUGCCAAAAGAGUUACCUAAAUGGAAUAGUGUCCGUAAAGGAAUCGUUGGAGAUUGGAAAAAUGCUUUGACUGAAGAACAAGUUGAAAGCUUGGACAGGAAGUUCAUGGAGAAGACUAAAGGAACAAGUAUUCCGAAUUGGUUUUCCAUUUCAUCAAACUGAGACUAUCUACAUAUGUAAAUGUUAUUAUCCCAAGUUAUUACCCCAAUAGUAAUGACCCCAAUCUCUACUACAUCACUUACAAAAAAAAAAAUUAAGAAAGAUAUAAAGAAAUUAAUUGUCGAUUCUCGGCGAUGGAAUCAUUGGCGCUAUUGAAAGAGACAAUUCAGAUUUCAAUAACAUGGUGAAUUUCAGUAAUUUUGAAUGCAUAAAAAAGAAUUUUGAUGAAGUUUAUAACUAAAAAUCAAAAGCAGGCGAGAUACUUACGAAACCGAAAACUUAUGAAGGUUUGCAGCAUAUUAGACAAUUAAUUUCUGAAAUGGAUUUGCUAUUAAUUUCUGAAUGAAAUUUAUUAGUAAAGAAAUCGUUGGAGAUUGGAAAAAAGCUUUGAUUAAAGAGCAGUUGAAAAACUGGACAGGAAACACAUAUUCCGAAUAGGUUUUCCAUUUCAUAAAAAUGGCGAUAACUACAUAUGUAAAUACUAUUACAAAUGUAAACGCUGUAAAAGUUAUUAGAGCAUAAAUUUUUAAAGGAAAAAACUUUUAUUUAAGUAUAAAGAUUAAAGAAUAUUAUACAUUU